AUGAGAAUAAGGGAUUUCAUUAGAUCGUUCAGAGCCAGAAAUUCAAGACAAGUUUCGGCCACUAAUUUGGUAUCGUUCGAAGCUUUUCAUGGUGAAAAUGAUAAUAAAUUUUCUUAUAUUAGAUCCGCCCAGAGAAAGUCGAAUUCUGUUCCGUCCCAGAAUGAAGGAUAUCUUAGUGGAUAUAUCCGUUUCAAAGAAACGAACACAAAACCUGUACUCCGUCCUAGUCUGCCCAUAAUUUUAGUGAUAUUCGUGCUGACGGCUGUUUUUAUCCUACUCCCAAUCAUAUACUUAGUAAAUUGCUUUAGAUUUUCCUUUGACAAUCAAGAAUUUUAUCACCGUGGUCCGGCAUUUUUAAACACUACUGUUAUAAUAAAAAACCAAAACAAACAUGAUACGUUAUCAGAACUACCAGUUCCUCCCAAACCACGCCCGGAUCAGUGCAGAUUACUGCACGAUAUUGAUAAAUACGAUUGUUAUCCGGAAGUCGACGCCGAUGAACAAAAGUGCGAAGCAAGAGGAUGCUGUUGGAUGCCAAAGAAAAUCAAAAGAAGCUCUUCCGUUCAGGUACCCCUCGAUGUGCCAUACUGUUUUUAUCCGCCAAAUUACAAUACUUAUAACGUUAUUAAUAUUACUGAAACUAGUUUUGGACUUAUAGCCUUUUUGAAACGUCAAUAUAGGACCGCUUAUCCGGAUGACGUGGAGGUGAUCAAGAUGAUCGUUAAGUAUGAGACGGAUACGAGGUUGCGUGUAAAGAUCGUAGAUCCCAACAAUUUUAGAUUCGAAUCCCCCUAUCCUGAAGUACCGAUCGUGGACAAAGCCUCCAUUAAUGUAACAUAUAUUUUUAAAAUCGAUACAUUCAAACCAGGUUUCAGAGUAAUAAGAAAGGUUGAUAAAAUUACAAUAUUCGAUUCAAACGAUUUCAUCAACUUCAUUUACUCGAAUCAGUUGUUGCAAAUCAGUUCGAAAUUACCGUCGAAAUACAUCUAUGGUAUCGGGGAGCACAGAUCUCAUCUAUUGCUAUCCACGCAGUGGACCAGGUAUACGUUGUUCAAUCACGAUGAGAUUCCCACAGAUAAUAAAAAUACAUACGGUAGUCAUCCAUUUUAUUUGGCAAUGGAAGAAUCCGGAAAAAGCCAUGGCGUCUUUUUGUUAAACAGUAACGCGAUGGAUGUCAUCUUACAACCGACGCCUGCUAUCACCUUCCGCACCAUUGGCGGCAUCUUGGAUUUGUAUUUCUUUCUGGGACCUACGCCCAGCGACGUCGUCAGCCAAUACACCGAUUUGAUUGGCCGGCCUUACAUGCCGCCAUAUUGGUCUCUCGGCUUCCAUCUGUGCCGGUUCGGUUACAAGACAUUGGACGAGACCAAGAAGGUCAUGCAGAGGAACAUCGACGCCGGAAUACCGUUGGACACCCAAUGGAACGAUCUGGACUACAUGAACAACAGCAACGAUUUCACGUACGAUCACGACAAUUUCGAAGGUUUGCCGGCGUUCAUAAAAGAUUUGCACGCCAGAGGGAUGCACUACAUUCCGCUCGUCGAUCCAGGAGUGAGCGCCAGCGAAGUACGAGGUUCUUACCCCCCUUACGAUAUCGGCAUCGAGAUGGACAUAUUCGUGAAGAACGCCAGCGGUCAACCUUUCAUCGGAAAGGUAUGGAACAAGGUGUCAACAGUUUGGCCUGACUUCACCAACCCCACUGCCGUCGAUUACUGGACGUUGAUGUUGAAAACGUUGCACAAAGAGAUUCAAUUUGACGGCGCUUGGAUCGACAUGAACGAACCCUCAAAUUUCUUGUCUGGCUCGUUCGAAGGAUGUCCCGAAUCGCCGUUCGAUAAUCCUCCCUAUACGCCGGACGUUGACGGAGGCGUGCUCUAUGACAAAACGAUGUGCAUGACAGCCAAACAUUACGCGGGGUCGCAUUACAACGUGCACAAUUUGUACGGGCUCACCGAGGCCAUCGUCACCAGUUUCGCAAUGGCGGAAAUAAGAGGAAAGAGACCGAUGGUUAUAUCGCGGUCCUCUUUUUCCGGUCUUGGUCAUUACGCGGGUCAUUGGAGCGGCGAUGUAUGGUCUUCCUGGGACGAUAUGGCACUUUCCAUACCAGGAAUUUUGAGCUUUAGCUUGUACGGCGUACCGCUAAUGGGAGCAGAUAUUUGCGGUUUUAAUGGCAACACCACGUCGACGCUGUGCAACCGUUGGAUGCAACUGGGAGCGUUUUACCCGUUCUCCAGGAACCAUAACACCGAUGAUGGGGUGGAUCAGGACCCAGUAGCGAUGGGCAAGCAAGUGAUCGCAUCGUCUGUCAAAGCUUUGACAGUGCGUUAUCAGCUAUUGCCGUACUUGUAUACUUUGUUUUACAAAGCGCACGUCAGUGGGGAGACCGUCGCCAGGCCGCUAUUUUUUGAGUACCCACAGGAUAUAAAUACGUACGGGAUUGAUAGCCAAUUCCUUUGGGGUCCUGCAUUAAUGAUAAUCCCGGUAUUAAAGGAAAACGAUGUAAGCGUCUAUGCUUAUAUACCGAAAGGCACCUGGUUCGAUUACUAUACCCGUCGCGGAUUUUACAGCGACGGUCAGAAUUACACGAUGGGCGCACCUUUGGAUACGAUACCGUUGCUGGUUAGGGGCGGUCACAUCUUACCUUUGCAGGCGGCCAAAAGUACCACGACGGAGUCGAGAAUGUCGAAAUUUGAACUACUUGUGGCAUCGGACGACAGUAAAUAUGCCGUAGGUCAACUGUACUGGGACGACGGGGAUUCACUCAAUUCUUACGAAGAAAAAAAAUAUUCGUUGAUUACGUUUGAAUUGAACGGUAACGCGCUGCGUUCUAACACGGAAUUCGUCGGAUCUGAAAUACCACCCAAUUUGACGAGCGUAACGGUUUUGGGCGUGGCCCAAAAACCGAAAUCGGUUUUGAUGAACGGCGUCGCUGUCAAAAAUGUUCAAUUUGAUAAAAACACCAAGACCUUAUCUGUUGACGGAUUAAAUACACCAUUACACUCUUCUUUCGCAUUGGAAUGGAAGUAA